UUUUUUUUUUACGGCUCUACCACGUGACCCGGCUGUCAAAUAUGGCCCCUUCCUUCUGGGUGUGAGAGAAGCGACAGCUGACAAAGGGAAGAAAUCUGUCCGGCACCGACUCAUAUCACAGCGCACCUUCGUCCAGAUAACACUGCACCAAUGUGACAUCCUUAUAAAGUGAAAUAUGCCUGCCAAAUGAUGAAGUGUGCCAGAGAGAGGAACUGACAGAAGAAGGCCUUCAUCGUCGCAGACCAUCUGUUCAGAUCAAAACCUCCUCCCUCCCUGCGAGCCUCCACCCUGCAGCCAUGCAGUUCAAUCCAGUGCUCGUGGAGUCCUCUGUAGUUCUCGCCGUGGUGCUGUGUGUCCACAUGGCGGUGUGGAACCAGCACUCCUGGUGCAGCAUAGCUCUCUUCAUCCAGGCCUUCUAUGUACAGCACAAAUGGGACCGUCUGCUCAGGUCCGGGGGCGCCGUGUUCCAGUUCCGUCCCGCGGCGAACAGUGGCAUCGUCCCGGCAUCCAUGGUGAUGCCUUUACUGGGCCUGGCGCUGAAAGAAAAGUGCUCCGCCUCAGGGAACGUCUACUUCGAGCGCUUCUCCAUGGUAGUCACCAUCACAGGCAUGAUGCUGGCUCUGUUUCUCUCCCUGAUUGCGUUGGGCAUCACAAGACCUGUGCCCACCAACACGUGCGUGAUCGCAGGCAUGGCUGGCAGUGCGAUUCUCUACACGACAAAGCAGACGCUGACGGUGUCGGAGGUCAUCGAGGUCUUAGAGGUGCUGUUGAUCUUCGUAUAUCUGAGCCUGAUUGUGCUUUACCUGCUGCCACGCUGCUUCACACCGGGAGAGGCGCUCCUCAUCGUCGGCGGAAUCAGUUUCAUCGUGAACCAGCUCAUCAAGCGCUCCCUGAACCUGGCAGAGGUCAAAGGUGAUCCGGUGAACUAUUUCCUGCCGGUCGUAGUGGUGGGCUCACUGUUGCUGGGUGUUUUCUUUGCCCUGCUCUUCUGCUUCAUGGAGUCCGAGACCUGGGUGUCAUCGCUUUUCUUUCACAUGAUGACGGCCGUUCUGGGUCUGGGGAUCCUCAUGCCGUGGCUCUCCCUGUUCAUCGGCCGGCACCCCAUCAUGUGGCUGCUGGACUUUGUCACAUUAAAUGACAGAAGACUCUGUCUGCUCGGGUACUGGGUGUUUAUGGCUGUCGUGGCCACUUGCGUUGUGUUACACCAGAACUACCAGCGCCAGUCGGGGUCCAAGAAGCACCAGGCCUCGACUGUUGUCAGGAAGUACUUCCAUCUGAUUGUAGUGGCCACAUACGUUCCAGGGCUGAUAUACGACAGGCAGCUGCUCCAUGUGGCGUCUGUCGGUUGCUUGGCGGUGUUCUUGAUCCUGGAGUACGUGCGUUACUUUCGGAUCAGGCCGCUGGGUCAGCUGCUCAGGCAGGUGCUCACCUUGUUCCUGGAUGAGCGGGACUCUGGGCCUCUUAUUCUGACCCACGUCUACCUGCUGCUGGGCAUGUCUCUGCCCAUAUGGUUGUUCCCCGGGCCCUGCGCCCCCAAGGGGAUACUUCCUGGUGCAGGUGGCCUGGUGCCGUAUGCAGGUGUGCUCGCCGUGGGGGUCGGAGACACUGUGGCGUCUGUGUUCGGCAGCACCAUGGGCGAGAUCCGUUGGCCCGGUACUAAGAAAACCAUGGAGGGGACGGCAACAUCUGUGUUCGCCCAGAUCAUCGCCGUGGCCAUGUUUCUCAUCUUCGAUGGGAGCAUCAAUCUGAACUCCACCUACUCAUGGAUUGUUGGCUCUAUCACUCUGGUGGCCAUGUUGGAAGCCUACACCUCCCAAAUAGACAACCUCCUACUCCCACUCUACCUCUUCAUCCUGCUGUUGCUUUGACUGGACAGAUGGCACAAACAAAAACCGACCCCUCCCGCCGUCCUCUGCUCUUUCUGGGGGACGAGAAGAAUGUUGAAUUUGGAAAAAAGUGUAAAAAUAUGAUAGUAGAAGUCCCUUUUAGGAAUCACUGGACUUCAGCAGUUUUCACUAGCACAACAAAGGAAUAAUUAAAAGCUUACAGCUUAAUCAAGCUGGGUAAUCCAACAAACCAGUGUGGCUGCAGACAUGAUGUUAGCAUGACAUUAGACUCUGCUGCGUUCCCAAAUCAUUUCAGUAUCAGUUGCUUUGAGCAAUGAGACGAUCAUUUCAGAAUAAGUUAUAAAGAAAUGUGAGUUAUUCUUUGAGCUGUGUCUAAAGUGACAGGGGUGGUGUAUGGUUUCUUUUGCGUGUCACCGUCCUGACGACGAGGUACUCGACCACUGACACCAACAACUCCUGAAUUAUGCAACAGGAGAUAGUAUUAGCUAAGUGGGGAGGAAAAAAUGUCCUUUUAAACACAGAAUUCUGGACAAUAGAGACGCUGCUAAAAUGGCACAUUCUGAUCAUCAAUGAGGUUUUCCUAUCUUGUCCCAAACGGAUACAUGCCUUUGUAUUGCCUUUGAAGAACAUUAUUUAAAAGUUAGCUUAUUGAUAUGUCUUUUUCUUAAUCAACGUUUUUGUUAUCAGAUUAUUUUGCCUCCCCGAUGGCAAUAUGAAGUACUUACUGCUGAAAAUAUUUGCCUUAAGAAGUAUAUUUUCUAUCACACAUGACCUACUAUUGUACAUUCUGUAGAUGAAAGCAUGGCAGCCCCUCUCAACUCUUCUUCAUAAGGGCUGAUUUAUACUUCUACAUGGCAGAAACUCUCUAUGCUCCUGCAUGACACUAAUGUGAAAUUCAGUACUGUAACAUGUACACAGGUAUGCUACAGUAUAUUUUUGUUUUGUAAAUUCACUUUAUUUAAUAUUUCUGAGGUUUAAUGGGACCCCUUAAAGGUAAACUUAAUAUAUAUAUAUAUAUAUAUAUAUAUAUAUAUAUAUAUAUAUAUAUAUAUAUAUAUAUAUAUAUAUAUAUAUAUUUAUACACAUUUCCUUGUGAUACUGAGCCUACAAACCCUGCAUAUGUUUGGAGUCUGUAGAUAUGCUUUUGGGCCAAAAUGAUGAGCCCUUUUUGUUUUGAGCGACUUGGUUUCGUAACAAUUUAUCCAUAUUAUUGAAUAUUUGCUUUCAGGUUUCAUCUCAUCAUUCUUAGAUGAGGAUGCUACGGUUUAUAACCUGAAACUUGUUUUCAGCAUGAAUCCAUGAAUAGCUUUACGUUCAUCUGUAAAGGUUCCUUUUAUGUACAAUUUAUUAGCAUGAUCCUACUUGUAUGUUGUUUUUGCGAACAUCCUUACAUAAAAAAUAAUAUUGCAUGUUACGUGCAUCAAAGAAAGCUAGAAAUUGCCUCCUAUUUUAGUCCUUUUGUUUGACACUCACUUGAUGAUUGAGAAGCAGCGAAUGACCGAAUGACUUACAACAUGGACAUUAACCCUUUGGUUUCAUAAUUGGAUUUUUAAAAUUAACAUAAGAGGUUUGGAUGCUGUGGUUAAUAAUCAUUCAUACACUAAAUUGUGUUGUUUUGUUUCAUUUUAGUUAUGUCUUAAAAAUGAACGUACUUGAAAAAAGGAUUACUGUUGUCUGUAAAAAUCGGGAUCUGCCAUCUCAUUUUGACACAAAUUUAAAUAAUAAAUAAAAAACCUUGAACAAUAAUAAUGCUGGUUGGUAACAAUGUUGAUGAGGAGUUGCUGAAUAAAAGUACAUCUAAAUAUC